AUUUAUGAGAACUUAAGAUAAGCCUAGUAAAUAAGGAGGAUUAUACAGUCUUAAUCUUGGAUAGAAUAAUGGUCCUUACCUUCCAAAAGACAUUAUGUUAACAAAUUAAAAAUCUCUUAAGGUUUGAUAAUGUAACAGCUUAGCUACUCCAAGGAGAUGAAGUCAGUAAAUCUGUAUCUCAUGUACUUGCCAGAGCUGGAAUGGGAUAAUUGUAUGAACCUCCAGAUAUCUAUGAUGAGAAAUCCAAAUAGUUUGUUAAUCUUGAUGAAAAAUACAAAACAAGAAUGAGUGCAAGUGAUAAUGUAGCUGCCAUGAGUACACUCUAUACUACAUCUAUCAAAUAGCUUUAAGAUUCAUUAGCUGAGUAUAAAGAAUUAAUCAAAAAAACAGAAGUAAUCAAUAUACACUAAAUCUAGGAAGAAUUAAAAGCUAUGAAUGAAAAAAUCAAUAAUGAUAAUAUUACCAAUAUUAGAGAAUUAUAACCUAUGCUCAAAGUUUUUCAUGGAAAACUCAAAGAAAAAUUACAUGAGGAAAAAAAUGAGAAUUAUAAACUUAUGAGAGAAAUAGAAGCAUUAAAUAGAGAAAAACUAUAAAUUUAGUAAUAAUCUAUCUCAUUUAUUUAGAUAAUCUAUUCUCUUCUCGCAUAAAAGAAUAAUGGACUUAGAAAAACUUGUUGGUAUAUAACAUAAAUAAGAGUCACUCUAUGCUGAAAAAAUUCAUGAAGAAGAUGAUAUUAAUGAUGAUGAUGAUGAUCAAUAACAUUCAGAUAAAGAAUUAGACUCUUAAAUGUCAGAAUCUUAAGACUGAUUUUUGUAAUCAAUUUAAUGAAUAUGAAUGUUAAAAUAACUCUUAUAAUCAAC